CGUUCGGCAUCAUGAGUCUUGCAAGCUCCACUUGCUUUCUCCGGAAAAGCAUCAUCACGUUACUGUGAUUCAUACAUUUCAACAAGAGCAAUUGCCAAUGGUAUGACACCACUAGAAGAAUCAAUUUCGCUAGGAGAUGAUUGUAGAAACUAGAAAGAGCCUUUUCUGUCAUGUUAUAGCUUUUGCUCGUCUCAGAUUGUCCUUAGUGCAGAGCAGUAGGGUGAAUCUACAUUAACUUCAUCACUUUUCUGAUUCAGAUCACGACACUGCAACUUCCAAAGUCUCUGACAGGAAUCGUUGGCUUGUUCAAUUUCUUUUUCCUGAAAUGUUAAAAGCCAUCAGUUAUAUUUAGUUGUCUGCACUGUCUCUUUGAACUUUUCGCAUUCGUUUUUGUUCCCUCCGUCUUCUGCUGAAGCCCUAAUUUCUAAUUGCAAUGGAAGAAGAACCUAAACUUCAUCGCCGGAUAUCCGUUCAUCAGGCUCUCGGCGGCGGCCUAGCUGCUGAUGUGUUGCUCUGGAGAAAAUGGUAUGGAGGGGUUGUGGUACUGGUUUCAGAGACGAUAUUGUGGUUGGUAUUUGAACGAGCUGGAUAUAAUUUGAUUUCAUUUGUGGCCAACGUUCUAUUGCUGCUUGUUGUGUUUCUCUUUUUCUGGGCCAAAGCUGCUUCCCUUCUCAACAGAUCACUCCCCCCUCUUCCUGAUCUCAUAAUCUCGGAGGAGUCUAUUUGCAAUGCUGCUGAUAUACUGCAAAUUUGGAUCAAUCGUGCAAUGUAUAUUGCCCAUGACAUAGCAAUUGAGAGAAAUUUGGUGCUUUCCAUUCAGGUUGCUGCUGUAUUUUUGGUUAUAUCGGUCAUUGGUAGUCUGUUCAACUUUCUAACUCUGAUCUAUCUUGGUGUUCUGCUUAGUCUGUCGGUUCCUCUUUUGUAUGACAAGUAUCAAGACCGAAUUGAUAAUAAGAUGUAUACAAUGCAUCAGAUUAUUCAAACACAGUAUAGGAAGUUUGAAAACAAUGUUUUAAGGAACAUUCCAAUACCUUCAAACAAAGCAAAGAAGAUGGAAUAGGUAAGCAUGCACCAUCAACAUGUGUGCGCAUACUGGUAUGUGUCUAUGGUGCUUAGAUAUUUCAUGUAUGUGUCCUUGCAAGUAAUUUGUUUUUUAAUACAAUGUUUAUAUGAGUUAGAAUGUGGCACUGUCUACCAAAUUCUAAUGUAGUUCUGCAUUCAGCAUUAGAUAAGAGCUUUUGGGGUUGAAAGGAUAGGGACCGACCAAUUUUCU